CAAUUAAGUAAUCAAUUUUUAAGUAUAGUUCAACAUGUCACAAUAAAUUACAAUUUUUAAUGUAUUAAUUAUAGCGAAUCUUAUAUAUUAUAAAUUCGUUUAGAUCCUAAAAUGAUACUAAUCCUAGCUGUUCAAAUUGAACAACUAGAUUAUCAAUGGCGAUACUAAUUACGACAUGAAAGAGACGACAGAUCAAAAAGCUAUCGAUGUUUUGAAUAAUCAUGCAACACCGGCAACGAGAUUAGUACUUAUUGCCACGAUUGAAAAUGAAUAUUGCUAUUACAAAGUAAGACUGUAGCAAGCUGCGCAUUUCUUAACGAAAAUAAAAAAAUUACAAAUUUUAGAGCUUUUAUAAAAAUCAACAGUUGUCAUCGUUUCGAUUAUCUUAAGUUGCAAAUGAAAUGGUAGCUAUGUGGGCUGGUCCACCUGCUAUGUUAGCGAUAUUUAUUUAGAAAAUUAUUUGGCUCUGCUUUUUGUAAAAGAAUUAUAAGGUAGAAUAAUAUUACAAAAUUUCAACAUUAUUUUUUUUAAAAGACUAUUCCUGUAGGCAUGAGGAUCAACCGUGGAAUUUGUCCUCUAGAAGUACUUAGUGCUACUGUAACUCCAGUUAUUAACGUUUCACAUGGACGUUACAAUGCCACCGAAGAUGAGGGGGACCGAAUCACUAAAGCCAACCCAAUCUCUGCGGCUUCUUCAACAAGAUUUGGGCGGGCUCAAUGACCGAAUCAAUUUAACGGCACAAACACACAAUCUAAACAUCACACAAAUACAGAACACUACGUACACACUAAAACCCGUCAACUCUAAAUCACUCUUUGCAAACCACAACAAAAAAAUUAAACUUUCACACUCACACCAACCAUCAAAUACAUCUCUCACUCAAAACACUUAUAGACAGCCAGCACAAACACAAAAAAACACAUCAUUCACUCAACACGUUCGCAAUACACAACCAGCUCAAUCCAACACCUCACUUACAUCCACAAGCCUUUCUUUCACACACGCAAUUAAUCAACAACAGCUACAACACCACGACUCAGUACCAUUUACAACACUCACACGACAACCGUCUUUCUCCGUCAACGUCACUAGACCAGAACCAGCUGACGAAUGGACGGACAAACAAACAGUGCUCGAAAUUUUGAGGGAAUUGCAGCAAAACGUCCAGAAGGUCAUGGAGAGCCAAGAAGAUCUCCAAAAAAUUCGGGAUACCCAGGAAAAAAUACAAGAAUACCUCGGCAUUAUCAAACGAAACCAAACCAAGCUCCAAGAACAACUGCAGCGAAUGGAUACGCGAUUUAGGCUAUCGAAGGAUAAACUGCGAAGACCUGCCUGUCUACCCUUCAAAAGUGUGACUGACAUUCAAUCCUUUGCAGAUGUCAGCACUGCGGAUUAUGAUAACGUUGUAUCAUAUUUCGCAUACUUAGGAGGACUUAACGUCAGAGACUGCAUCUCUAGAUAUUUACUAGAGACUCUCGACGUUAAUGAAUCCCUGUUGAGUGGUGUCAUCUUCAAAGGGAAAGGAAAGCAUCAGCUCACUUUGAAGGGGACAGUGUUUUACGAUGCCUGCGUCGAGUCCUUAAACGCCAAUAAAUCUUUUCAAGGCCUACGGAAAAUGACAUCGAUUUGUUUUUCGUCAAGGCCUUGAAAAAUUUAAAGGAGCGUUUGCGACGCCAAUCGAUCUGCAACGUUCAGGAGCAGAAACUUCUUUAUGAAGAAUUAGGUGGGCAAGCUGAAGAUGAUGGUGAUGCCGGGUAUGAAGAUCAGCCGAUGGAAGCGGACGUGGACCUGGCGGAAACAGAGGAGGUAGCAGCUGACCUGGAUCAAACAGCGUAUAUAAGCGACAACGAGAUGUUCGAAGAUGAAGAUUAACAAAGGGCCUAGCCGGAUAAGAUGGUCUAAACUGCCCCCAACGGUUAAGCCAAGCGGAAUAUGGCAUCUUAUAGGGCUUGAUUAGAAACUCUUCUGACCAAAUUUUCAGACCCCUAGGUGGCCAGGGGCACCCUGUAGGUCCAAAAAAGGAUCAAACCGUUUUUUUGAGAUAACUCGGCUUCUAUAAUAACUAACGGAACCAGCCGAACGGCAAAAAAUUCGUCUUAGAAAGAUCUAUAUACUAGAAUUUUUCCAGAUUUUUUGGCGCCAAAUUCAAAUUUUUAGAACGGUUUCUAAUUUUUAAAAAUUGAAAACAAAAAAACAAAAAAUAACUCCGAGCUUGAAAAAAUUUAUUUUGUUUAUUUUAUAUUCCUCUAUAUACUCAAAUUUUUUCAGAUUUUUUCAAGUGGUGGAACAUAGAUAAAAAAAUUAAUAAUCAUUUUUCGAUCAUUUUUCCUACGUUUCCGACGUUUCACUCAAUUCCAUCGAUCGAAAAUCAUUCAUUUUUCUAUAUUUUGUCAAUUCUAUAGUUACUGCGCUUAUAUAUGAUGUCUUUAUACCAUCUAAAUGUAGAUUGAUCAUUGGCUGAACCUCUUAUUCGAUUAUAUAUUCAGUGAGAUGAAUAAAUCAGCGGAUAAUUUUUUGAGAAUUUUUCUACAACGUUCCGUGUAAUAUAGUGAAUGAUAUUUAUUAGUUAUUGUACACAGAGAAGAAAUAUGGUAACGGUUACCGGAAAAUUACUCUAUUCUACAUAUCGCAAAGGAUUUGUAACUU